CCUUCCGGCCCCGGAGGUGUGUGGGAAAGUUGCUUGCCCUUGUGUCUAAACUCCGGUGAGGUUCCAUUCACACCUCUUGAUAGCAGUUCUUGUUUUGCUACUCUCGGUUUACUGCAAAAGAAAACAUUAUGACACAAGCUGUACGAUUCUUUCGCUGUACACUUCCCAUGGUUUCUCGGUGUGCAGCUUUUCGCCAGCCUAGCCGUUUCUACGCGGAAGCAGCGCCGGCUGCCGUUGCACAGAUGUCCUUCACGUUCGCUUCCCCAACCGAGGUGUUCUACACUGGAGCUAGUGUUAAGCAGGUUGACGUACCGACCUUGACUGGUGCAUUUGGAAUUCUCCCAGCUCAUGUCCCCACACUACAGGUUCUGAGGCCAGGUGUUGUAACGGUUUUUGAUGAAGAUGGCACAGCAACCAAAUACUUUGUGAGCAGUGGUUCUGUAACGGUCAAUGCAGACUCUUCAGUGCAGCUUUUAGCAGAGGAAGCUGUGCGCCUUGAAGAUUUGGACCUAGCUACUGCAAAAGCCAAUUUGGAGAGAGCUGUUUCAGAACUGACCAGUACUACAGAGGAGACUGCCAGAGUGGAGGCACAGAUAAAUGUAGAAGCUAAUGAGGCCAUAGUGAAAGCACUUGAAUAAACAUCUGACGAUGUUUCCUGAUGAUGCACCAAGAGGCUGCUAUACCCAAUAACUUUUUAUCAGUGAGAAUGUUUGCACAGUAUCUGUGAAUAGAAGACAAUAAAUACAUCUUGCUGAA